CCAUGUGCCAGAAGAUGACAGAUGAGAGGAGGCGGCUUUAGGGUUUCGGUGUCUCGAGAAGAAGAAAAGAAGAGAGAGCAGAGAAACGGGGAAGCAGAGGGUCCGAGGGAGAGAAGAUAAUUUUCAGGAUAAAAUAGAGGGACUCUUUCGUUGGGAUUCUCCGUGAAUUUUAGGAGAGAGAGCAGUGGGAAAGAGGGGAAGAAAGGAAGAGAAAAAGGAAGCCGAGAUUGACGGUGGAAGCAGAGAGAUCGAAAACUCCAAAAAGGUGCUCAGCUACUGGAGCUUUCUUGACUUGGGCAUAGUUAGGUUUAUUCACCAUGAUGCCGCAACCAGCUGCAGCAGGAUUGGCGCCACCACCAAUGCCAUCUGAUCAGCAGACUCAGCAGCAGUACCAGCAGCCUCCAUCACAGCAGCAGUGGAUGAUGAUGCAGCAGCAGCCACAGCCCAUGCCACCUCCUGCAGGUUGGACCCCUCAGCCAGUCCCACCACCGACUCAGCAAGUGCAGGUGCAGCAGCAGCAGCAGCAGCAGCAAUAUGCAGCCAUGGCACAGGGUGCAGGCUCUAGCGAGAUCCGGUCACUGUGGGUCGGGGAUUUGUUGCCUUGGAUGGAUGAGAACUACCUCAUCAGCAUCUUCAGUCAAACCGGAGAGGCUGUUUCAGCAAAGGUUAUUCGGAAUAAGCAGACAGGAUUCCCAGAGGGUUAUGGCUUCAUUGAGUUUGUGAAUCAUGCUGCAGCUGAGAGGAUUUUACAGGCAUUCAAUGGCACACAAAUGCCAAAUUCUGAGCAGAAUUUCAGGCUCAACUGGGCUGCUCUUGGCUCUGGUGAGAGACGACAGGAUGAUGGCCCUGACUACACAAUUUUUGUUGGAGAUUUGGCUGCUGAUGUCACUGAUUACACCUUACAAGAAACAUUUAAAGCUGUGUAUCAAUCAAUGAAGAGUGCAAAAGUUGUCACUGAUAGGCUCACUGGUCGUUCCAAGGGCUAUGGGUUUGUGAGAUUUGGUGAUGAAAAUGAACAAUUGCGUGCCAUGACUGAAAUGAAUGGGCAAUACUGCUCCACCAGGCCUAUGCGUAUUGGGCCAGCAGCAACUAAAAAACCUGUAACUGCACAACAAUAUCAGAAAGCUACCUAUCAGAACCCUCAAGGAAAUCCAGGCGAGACAGAUCCAAAUAAUACAACAAUAUUUGUUGGGGCUUUGGAUCCUAAUGUUACAGAAGACAUGUUAAAAUCAGUGUUUGGCCAAUAUGGUAUGGUAGUACAUGUGAAAAUUCCUGUAGGCAAGCGCUGUGGUUUUGUUCAAUUUGCUAACAGAACUUCUGCGGAGCAAGCACUAUCUCUGUUGAAUGGAACCCAAUUGGGUGGUCAAAGCAUUCGCCUUUCAUGGGGCCGUAGUCCUUCAAACAAACAGGCUCAGCCAGAUCAAGCACAAUGGAACGGUGGAUAUUAUGGAUAUCCUCCACAGGGGUACGAGGCAUAUGGGUAUACACCUCCGCCCCAAGAUCCUAACAUGUACUAUGGGGGCUAUCCUGGAUACGGAAAUUACCAGCAGCCAGGGGCUUACCAACAGCAACAACAGUGAGCAAUCUUGAGAGUUCUGAAGUUGUAGCUAGUUGGCUGGAUUUCAAUGGUGGCACGGGAUUCUGACAUUACGUUCAGCAGUGUCAUCCAAUCUUUUAUUUUUUCUUUUUCUUUUUUUCUUUUCCUCUUUCUGCCCCAACUUUCUUUCUUGAGCUUUUUUUGCACUUUUGGUUAGAUGAUGAAUUUCACAGACAUUCUGGGUUAUUGCUGUUACAAUGGAUACAUAAUUUCUGUUUUAUGCAUUGGUGGUAUCGGAUGCUUGUGUUCCAUUAGCUAUUCAAUUUCCCAAUCUGGCAAAUAUUUUCUGA